AUGUUACUUUUCCAGGUGAUCGUGAUGUCAGAGUUGCAUGAAGCUACUAACGCUGUGGAUGAGGUGUUUCGGUUGUUUCGUGAUUAUGGCGAGGACGAUUACAUUGGAGAAUCUGUAUCCAAGACCACACACAGUAUUCAGUGUGGAAUGCUCGCAGAAAGAGAUGGUUAUCCAAACGAGGUUAUAGUUGGCGCCUUUCUGCAUGACAUUGGUCAUCUCGUUGGAGCAGACAAGGGCAUGGCUAUCAUGGUGACAGAUGGUGUCAACUUUGGAGCAAAGAACCACGAUGUUAUUGGCGCCGAGUUUCUUAAAAAUCUCUCUUUCCCCGACACCGUAUGCGAUAUAGUGAGAGGUCAUGUCAACGCUAAACGAUAUUUAGUGUUCAAGAAUUCUCAUUAUUCUCAAAAAUUGUCCUCGGCAAGCAAGCUGACAUUGCAGCAUCAAGGUGGACCCAUGACAGCAGAGGAAGCCAGUGAAUUCGAGAAGUCACAUCUUUUUGACACCAUACUACGCAUGCGUUCAUGGGACGAAUCUGGGAAAGAACUAGACACAGUUCUUGAUCCAAUUGAAAAAUUUAAAACGUUAUGUUUAGAUAUUCUCACUGGUAAUUCGAAAUAA